UUAAAUUAUUCUCAUUAUCCAUCCAGUUACAUUAGUACAUCUCAAAACCAACUGAUCUGCAUAUUUUGACUGGGCGGUUAAUUUUUGGCAACAUAAACAUGGCUUAUCCUCCACCUCAAGGGAACUUCUCUUACCAGCGUGCCUAUCCGCCAGACUACGAGCAGAAUCCUUAUCCCCCACCUAUAGGAUUUCAAAACUACAUUGCGGCUAACCCUGGCGCUCCUCCGACCCAAAAUCAACCUUACCCUCCACCGACAACCGUCGCUUAUCACGGCGCGCCAGAGCCACGGACUCUGAAUGAACCCAGACCGACAGCAAGAAACGACGUUCCCGAAGUCGGAUUUGAAGGAUUUUCAAGACGAUCUAACCCACCUUCGGCUCAGUCAGCAUCUGGUGUUGAACUUGAAAACGUCGAAGAUCUACCACACGAUAUUCACACGAAAGAACCGGAGGAACAGUUGUCAGAUAGUUCUGCGACCAGAAUUGAGUUGGAGAACCAACCAAAGCCGUUAUACUUUCGAGAUGGCAGGAGAAAGAUUGAUUAUAUUCUUGCCUAUCAAGAUUACCCGGACAAACCAAUGGAGUGGCAGGAAAAGAGAAAGGAUAAACGGGAGCAUUUUGAAGCAAACUUGAAGGAAUAUGGGCUGGAACUUGAGCAAGAAGACUUUGAUGCAUCAAAGGAUGGUAAGACAGUCUACAUCAAAAUUCAUGCUCCAUGGGAGGUGUUAGCUUGUGUAGCGGAGGAAAUGUCCAUGAGAAUGCCGACCAAGCGAAAUGAUUUGGAAACAAAAGGCUUGAUUGACAAAAUAUUUAGUCGUUUUGGAGGCAGAAGUCCAUUUGAAAUCAGCAGCGAAGAUGUGCCCAAAGAAGAAAAUUAUUUCACUUGUGCUUUCCAGAGAGAUAGACUUGAGAAUUUUAAAGGUCAUGAAAACAAAGAAACCUUCUUCAGCAGCAGUCAAAGAAGUCUGAUUGUCUAUCGUAUUUUAAAAUCAACAGCUUAUGACGAAGAUAAGAGCAAAAUUGGUGUUGAUAGAUUGGUAUCAAAUCUUUCCUAUAAUGCUGCGUAUCCGCUACACGAGGGGUACCACAAGCCCAGUUCAAACUCCUCAGAGAGAACCGAACGACAGAUCUUGUACGAUGUUUGGGGGAAGUUCAAAAGAUUCUACAAGAAACAGCCUUUGAACUUGAUAAGAAAAUAUUUUGGAGAGAAAAUAGGCAUUUACUUCGCGUGGCUGGGUUUUUACACCAUCUUGCUGUUUCCAGCCGCUGUAGUUGGUGUUAUCAACGUUAUUUAUGGCCUGGCGAGACUUGGGGAUUACACCCCAACAAAUAUUAUCUGUAAUGAAACGCUUAAGGAUAGAUACGUCAUGUGCCCAAGAUGCGACAAAAAGUGCGAUUAUUUUCCGUUGUAUCACACGUGUGGAUAUUCAAGGGCGGCUUAUGUAUUUGACAACGAGUUUACGGUUAUAUUUGCGAUUUUUAUGUCUCUUUGGUCGACCAUGUUUCUUGAGUUCUGGAAACGGAGGCAGGUUGAGAUCGCGUACAACUGGGAUCUUCUGGGGUUUGAAGUCGAGGAGGAAAGUAUUCGUCCAGAGUACGAGGUGGUCUGCACGGAAAAGCGAAACAAUCCCAUCACCCAGGUUCAAGAGCCAUACUAUCCAUCAACUUUGAAAUGUCCGCGGUUUGUUUGCAGUUCAGCUUCGGUUUUUCUUAUGAUUUGUCUUGUUGUAUUAGCCGUCUUUGGUGUCAUUGUCUACAGAGUUUCCGUGUUCGCUGCGCUGACAGCAGCUUACGACAGCAAUAUUGGUAGCAUCAGUUUAUCCGUGACGGCUUCUGCUGCUGUAAUCAAUCUUAUCAUCAUUCUGCUGCUCAGUUUUGUCUACGAGAAGCUAGCCUACAUCUUAACAGAUAUGGAACUACCACGGACACAGUCGAAAUAUGAAGACAGCUUUACCAUCAAAAUGUAUCUGUUCCAGUUUGUCAAUUACUAUUCAUCUUUAUUCUACAUCGCAUUCGCAAAACUCAACCCUGGGAGACCAGGAGACUAUCACAGGAUCUUUGGUUUUCGUCAAGAAGAGUGCAAUGCGGCCGGGUGUUUGGUUGAAUUAACAAUACAACUCGCCAUAAUUAUGGUUGGAAAACAGGUUUUCAACGCUGCUAUGGAGUUGUUUAUACCUAAAAUAUUGAACUGGUGGAAACGACGUGGAAACAUAAUAAAGAAAUUUCGUGGCGAGGAAGUGGAAGAUAGUUCCGGUCCAGUCUCUCGCCUUCGCUGGGAGAAUGAUUAUUACCUCACAGAGAUACCACGCAAUGCUUUGUUUUAUGAAUAUCUUGAGAUGGUAAUUCAGUUUGGUUUCAUCACGAUAUUCGUGGCUGCCUUCCCACUCGGUCCACUCUUUGCUUUGUUAAACAACCUGGUCGAGAUUCGUCUUGACGCGUAUAAAUUCGUCACAACCUACAGACGACCCCGGGCCGCCAGAGCUGAAGACAUUGGGAUCUGGUACUCAAUUCUAAAAGGAGUCGUCAUAUGUUCCGUUCUUGUUAAUGGUUUUAUUAUCGCUUUUGUGUCUGAGUUUAUUCCUCGACUGUACUUCCAAUGGAGUAAGGGAAAAGACGGGUCGUUGAGGCAAUAUCUUGAAACAAGUUUGUCCUGUUAUGAUACUAGAGAUUAUCCCGAUAGUGAAAGACCGAAUGUUACCUUACCUGCGCCUAAUACCUGUGGGCUGGGUCUUCCGAGCUGUCGGUACCGAGGGUACAGAGACAAACCAAUGUCUUUGGCAGAAAAUCCAUCAGGAAACCUAACCAACAACUACGACUUUACGAAGGACUAUUGGCACAUAUUAUCUGCCCAGCUGUUUUUUGUAAUAGCAUUUCUGAUUGUUGUUUUUGGCCUGACGUUCAUUCUUGCCUACAUCAUACCAGACAAACCGAAGAAGCUGGAUAAUCAGAUAAGGAGAGAAGCUUACCUCGCUAAAAGCAUUCUCCGCACAGAUCAAGUCCCUGUAGAUAACUAACACCACUGCAUACAUACCCAGGCUUACUAUAUAUAUAUAUUACAGCAAUAUAUAUUUUUUAAAACGCGUCCUAUCUACAUAUGCUGCUGUAAAUCCUUUAAUUCCAAAGAUUGCUUGUAAUCCCUCGUAAAAAAUACAGCAGGCUUGACCCUUGUAAUAACAGGAUUGUAAAUCAUGUCUUGACCUUGUAUAUCCUAAGUCAAUAUUGCAUUCUGGCAACGAUAAGUAUACCCAAGUUGUUUCUGGGUUAUUCACGGCAAUGAUAAGGCAAGGGAAUCCGAAUGUACAACGAUUAUUUGCCGAAGAAUAUAAUGUCCAAAAGUUGUCGAACAGUAGAAACUAUUGUGUUUGUAUUAGUAAUUGUGCAGUAAUUAAAAAACAUCCUUUUGCGAUUGUGGUUUUCUGUUUUGUAUGAGCGCCAAAAAGUGUUGUUAAUUUAGUAAAUAAACAAGCGCUCACUGUGUUCGUUUAUUCUUUACAAGGAAGUUGUUGUAUGCGAACCGUCUCUCUCCAUUUUUCGAAUCCACGUUUUUAUCAACAUCUCUUUAUGUUGGAAUAAAGAAUGCUACAUACAACAGUAGAUUUUAAAUAUAUUUUAUU